AUUCCCAUGUCCCGGUCCCCAUUUGAUUACCCAUCUCGAAGUCAAUCUCCUGAUAGGAAUGUGUAUUUGCAUCAGGAUGCAAUUGUGUUACCAGAAAAGAGAGAACAAAGAUUGCGAUCAAGCUCAGACUUAAAUUCUAGAGAACUAUGGCAGGAAGAAAAGCCCCUUACUGAGACAUCAAAAAAUUCUAUGAGCAGCUUCACCUCCUCUGUAGAAACACGGUUUUGUAACUCUAGUAAAUCUUUAGACUACUUUCUCGAAGACUCAUUACCCAAACUACCUGUCAGCAUACUAUCUAGUUCUGAAAGCGAACGUGAUUUCGGUAUUUCUGAUUGCAAUGUUACAUCUGAAAGCAAUGGCCAAGAACAAAUCCAGAUUGCCGCAAAUAAUGCUGGAGCAAAUGAUUUCGAAAACACUGUAAUAAUUGGUGAUGUUCAUCAUCUAAUGCAGACUUUACUCACGAAAGUAGAUGUUCUGGCAGAAUCCCACCAAAUUAGUGAGAAUUUAGAAGUAUACUUGGAUCAAAAAUUUCCAAAAAUUGAUGAAGCUAGCCAUGCCUCACAUCAUUUAUCAAACGAAGUUAUUCCACUAUUGACUGACUUCAAUAACACUCACAAUCAACAGCUAGGUAGUAAACUUCAUGAAAAAUGUUCAUCACAGCUUAAUAAAGCUCCACCCUACACAACGCAAAUAGGGGAAACUGACGAUGAAAAAAAACAAAACUGUGAUGUAGUUUGCUGUGAAUUAAACUCAGAUAAUUAUUCAAGCGAUAAAAAUGUUGAAAUUAAAUACUCAUGGCAAAUUAUUCCACAAACAAAAGAUGACGAACUUGAAUUCAGGCAACUUGAAAAUAGUAGCUUGUAUUCUAAGACAACUUCUUUGGAAGAUCUGUGUGCGAAUGAACCUGAAUACAGAUAUUCCUGGCAAAAACUAACUGCUAAAUAUCUGGAAGAGAACCAAACAGGGAAUAGUUUAGCUGGCCCAGAUCAGUCAAUGCGAAAUAUAAAAGAUGGGACUGAAUACACUAAUAAUACUGAACAUUUAAACAAUUAUGUUACUACCCCUUCAAUUGUAAAUGAUACCACAAGAAGAAACAGUACAAUAACUGAACACAAUGAAAGAAGUUUAGGGAAUUCGCCUCUGAAUAACAUCAUUGCAUCUAUGUUACCUGAUAUCAAACGCUCCAAUUUUAACACUUCUAAUAUUACGAGUAAUUGCGAUGAUAAAUCUCUCAAAUUUCGCAAAGAAUAUGAUUCAAAAAAAUCUUUGACCUAUUCCUCAGUUUCCAGUAUUAAACAUGUUAUAGCCAAUCUUAACGAAAUGGUCACAGCACAAAAAAAUAUGCUUGAUGCUCAUGUUGAAAAUCAUGUAAGAAAUUCAAAUAUCACGCACCCUUACAUAACACCUACUGUGAGAGAGUUUGCGACUGUUCCUACUGUAGUUGAAAAAGUAGAAAUAUUUCCAUCAACUCUGCAUGUUUUAGGAAACUACAUAAUCAGAGAUAUUCGUCCAGAAGAUGUUAACAAAACGAUUAAUUUGCUGAAUGCAAAUAACAAAGAAAUUGUAGAAAGUUGUGGGCAUAAUAAUCAUUCUGAAAUCGUUAUGAAAGAAAAAACACAUCCUACCAGAACUGCAAUGGCCCUUUCAGAUGUUGAAUUCACAAAAACCUAUGAUACUUUGCCCUAUUCCCCUAAAAAUUCGAAUGAUACUGAUUCUUCAUGCAUGUUAAAUUACCCUAUUAUUUCUGAAAGCAGCUAUUAUUCUACAAGCUUGACACCUAAUGAUUUUUCUACAACUAAUGUGAUGAGAAGCCCAGAAAUGGAUCAAGCCAUUUCUCGUGCUUUCAAACAGAAUGGAAGUAGUUUACUUUCACCAGUUCUAGGAUACGAUACGCUAAGAGAGAUAGAUUGGGAAUCUGCUAUUGAAGACAUGGAACAAAUAAAAGGGUUGUCUGAGGAAUCGAAACAUAAAAUUGUGGAGGACACUAAUGAUGGAACAGAGUAUAUAUCUCAUAUACAAAGUACAGAAAUAUUGAAACAUAGGAUGCAGAUUAGUUCAGUAGAGCCCAAUGAGACUGAAGAUAAUAGGGUUUCCAGAGAAAAUGAGCUGAGACGCAGAUUAAGCACUGCAAUACAUAGAUUAGAACAAUGUGAAGAGCAUGUUGAUGCUGAUUGGAAUCUUGAUUAUUCUAUACUUGAUAUUGGAGAAAGUAUUUCUGAAAAAGAUGCUCAACUCCCAGGAGAAGUUGAAGUACAUGUCAAAGAUAUAGUUAAAUCUGCCAAGGAAUAUCUUGGCAAAUUAGAAGAGCAGUUGAAAGAUCUUGAGGAUGCAAAAGAUCAGAUUAUAAACACCAGUGAACAGACGUUAAAAAAUAUAGAUUCUGCAUAUCUACGUUUGAUGGAUACUUUAAACAGCGAGAUUAACAAGAGACGAGAUUUAGUCAGACUAGAAACCGAAGUUUUUAAAUACGAAGGUUUGAGUCCUUUAGGAGCAUGCAAGCAAGAAGUAGAUGCUCAAAUUCGUAGCACACAGCAUCUCAUUGUAUUAACCGAAACCAUGCUCAGGCAUCCAGUUACAUUCAACAACGAGAGAUUUGGAAAAAUUAUCACUGCUACUAGUCAUAUGGGAAGAAUACCAGCAGUUCCAAUGCCAGAGGAGUUACCAUACGUGACUUUCAGCCCUCCAAACGAAGAUGUGAAAAGAGAAAUCGUUGAUCGCAUAUCCCAUUUGGGUUGCGUACUGCGGAUGGGACCAGCUCAAUUUACAGAAGUUUGUGAACGUCCAGGAUCCUUACGAAUAAAGUGGCACCUUUCAGAUCCCGAGUAUGCGUGUGAGGAGCAAACUUUUAUCGUACAAAAGGCCCUUGGUGAAAUAAGUGACCCCACUUCUCCUGUCUUUGAGACAGUGUAUAUUGGUCCCGAAACAUCAUGCUUUGUCAGGGAUUUGUCCGUGGAUCAAUCUGUAACCCUCAGAGUUGGAAUUCAGGUUUCUGACACUGCCUGGAGUGUUCAUCGUAUAGCAAAGACUACUAUACCGCCCUACAGCUGGGAUACAGAGAAUGCUGAUUAUUUAAUCACAAAUAAUGGAAGAAUUGCGACUAAAGUCACAAAGAACAUGAGCACUCUGUUAUCCCAGAGUCCUCAAUUCAGUGCUGAUCAUAUUAUCGAGUUUAAGUUUCUGGAAGCAGUACCUGGAAGUAAUGAUGAAGGCAUUGGAUUGGUAUUCGAGCCUGUGGGUAUUACUGAAAGUCUGAAAAGAAAAGGAUCAAUUCUUAUUACACCCAAUGGAAAUAUAUUUGUGGAUGGUGAACAGAAGCUGAUGCAGCUUCCCAAAAUACAACUCGGAACGAGAAUAGUAUUUACUAGCGAGCAGAAGGAUAGAGACACAUUUAGGAUGACAAUAGAAUGUGCUAACAAGGCAGUCACUUAUGACUGGGUGGUGGCAAUGCCUCUUCAUUUUGCAGCUAGAUUUUCGGAGCUUAAUAAAUGGAACUUUAUGGUGAAGUAGAACAUUGAAGAAUGCAUUUAUUUACAAAAUAAGUAUUUUCGCGUACAGCCGUUACAACGAAUGAAUCAAUUUAAUAAAAUCAGUGCCUUAA